GUAUCGAUUUGGUUGCACUGGACAACCCUAAUGUAAAUCAACCGAGUUUGAUGCUGAACCACGCUUUAAAUGGUCGGCGAAUCGAAUAGUUGUCAAAAUCAACAAGGCAAACCCAUCACUGUUAUUAGUAAUUCAAAAUUGUCAUUUCACACAUAAAUGAAGAAAAUAUACAAAGAAUUUUAGGCGUGAACCAAACGACUCCAUCAUCAAUACACACAGUGGAUUUUAUGCAACAAAUCGGCUUCGAUACAUGAAAACGCUGUCAAUCCGACGUGAAUCGAGCGGCAAUCCGGUGGCUACUUUUUUUUCUCCCUUCAUUAAAUCGUUGCAAUCGAUCGAAUAUCGUGAAUAAGACUUUUUCAUUGAUCUUAAAUUUUUAUUUUGGUUCGUUUUAUUUCGGCACAUAAUAAAAAAAUACGAAAGGGAAAAAAGGCAAAAUGGUGAUUAAAGUGUACAUUAGUGGAAUGUCGGGUAACAAGGAGGUCAAGAAGCGGCAACAACGCGUCUUGAUGAUCCUCGACAGCAAAAAAAUCACCUAUGAUGUGGUUGACAUCUCCGAACCGGGCAAAGAAUCGGAAAAAGAGUUUAUGCAGGAAAAAUCGACCAACAAAGGUGCAACGAUCAGCGAUCAAGAGCCCAGACACGCAUUGCCUCCACAACUAUUCGCCGAUGAUGAAUACUGCGGUUCUUAUGAUGAAUUCGAUCUGGCAAAUGAAACGGACACACUGGAACAAUUCCUCAAAUUGGCACCACCUGUUGAAGAGAACAAUGGCAAAAAAGAGUCGGAUAAUGAUGAAGCCAAGAAAGAGGAAAUUGAUGCCCAAGAUAAGACCGAUGGAGACGAGAAAAAGGAUGGCGAAGAGAAGAUCGAUGCGGAGGAACAAACGGAUGGCAAAGAAAAGACCGAUGGGGGGGAACAACCGGAUAAAACAAAGGAAGCUGAUGGAAAUGAGAAUGAAAAGGACAGUGAAGAGAAAAAACCUGAAAAUGAUGAGCAAAAACCAGAUGAGUCCAAUGAUGCCACCAAGGAUGGACAAGAUGAAGAGGUAAAGAAAUCAGAUGAUGCAAGCGAAACGGCUAAAGAAAAUGAGGAAAAGAUAGAAAGUGCAACGGAUGAUGAUUCAGAGAAGCCAAAGGACGAUGAGUCGUCCAAGGAUGAGACAAAAAAUGAUGAUGUGACUAAGGAAUCCGAUUCGAAGGAGUCCGACUCCGAGAAGGAGCCCAAAGAAACCGCACCCAAAAAUGAAGAAGCUAAAGAUGUUGAUUCAGAACCGUCCAAAGACAAUGAAUCCUCCAAGGAGGAAGACGUCCAAGCAACAAAAGAAACAGAAAUCAAGCCCGAAGGCGAAGAAUCGUCCGAAGACAACUCAAAGGCAACUAAAAGUGAGCUUGAUGCACCGAAAGACGAAACUAGUAGUACAAAAAAAGAAAAAGAAAAAGAAUCUGUUUCGGAGAGUGAAUCAAGCGACAGUGACAGUGACAAUGAGCCUGCCGACGAUGCCAAACAGACGGAGAGUGAAACAAUAAAAAAGGACGUGACAGAAGAAAACAAAACAACUGACGAUACCAAACAAUCUGAAUCGGAGAGUGAAUCCAGCGACAGUGACAAUGACAAUGAGCCUGCUGACGAUGCCAAACUAACGGAGGGUGACACAACCAAAAAGAAUGAAAAAGAAGACAACAAAACCACUGACGAUACCAAAAAAUCUGAAUCAGAUAGUGAAAGCAGCGAUGACUCCGAAUCAGAGGAGAAUGGAAAGGAAGAGAGUGCGCCAAGUGAGACCAAGUCACCCGAAGCAACAGACGAGGAUCGAACAAAAGAGACUGCCGAUUCAUAGAUUUAAAUGUAAAACCACUAACAUCAAGAUCAAAAAUGCCUAAUUUAUUGAACGACUCCGCCGCCUGUUACACAUAAUUCAUCCACAUAAACCUUCUUUCUCUCAGUCAUAUUCAUUCACACACACACACACAGUGCACACAAUUGAGAAAAGGAAAACACCAAAUCAGCUAUACUUGGUUUGAAAAACGAUUUAAAACGACAAUCGAUCCUAAUAAGCUUAUAUAGUAACAUAUUUCAUGGCAACAUCAAUUCAUUCUAGUGCCAUGAAACAAGUACAAGUUGAAUGGAUGACCUGUGUUUUGGAUUAUCUCAAAAUGAAGCUUGCCUCUCACAUUUAAGGUCUUUGCGUUUUUGUCGAAAUUCGUUGUCGCCAUUGUUAAAGUAAUAAUUUCGAAUAAAAAAAACAACAUUUAAAAAUACACUAAAAA